AUGGACCAAAUCCCUAUCAUCCGAUGCAUGGGCCUCAACUACCGCGAUCAUGCCAAAGAAGCAAAUAUGCCUAUCCCCGACGUGCCUGUGCUAUUUAUCAAGCCACGAACCGCGCUCAAUGGGCCUUACCCAGCCAAAGUCAACGUCCCCAAGAUCGCACAGGAUGGAACGAGCGAUUACGAAGCAGAGCUGUCCUUUGUCAUCUCCAAGACCGGUCGUGACAUCCCUCGAGAGAAAGCCCUCGACUACGUUUUGGGAUACACUGCGAGCAAUGACAUUAGCGCACGGGCCCAACAGUUCAAGAACAGUCAGUGGUGCUUCUCUAAAGGUCUGGAUGGUUCAUGUCCGAUUGGCCCGGUCCUGGUUUCACCCUCGGCUCUUGGUGACCCACACAGCCUUGGAAUCACAGCCACGUUGAACGGAGAGGUUGUGCAAAGUUCCAACACCAGGGAGAUGAUUUUUGAUGUUGCAAGCAUCAUAUCCUUCCUAUCCCAAGGCACGACUUUGGAACGAGGUACUGUCAUCAUGACGGGCACAGGCCCUGGAAUUGGUGCGAUGAGGAGUCCUCCCCUCUCGCUGAAGGAUGGGGAUGAUGUGCGGGUCUACGUCGACGGGAUUGGAACGUUGAUCAACAAGGUUUGGUACGAAAAAUAG